UUCGACACGAUUUCUUUUCAUAAGGGAUAAAAACAUGAUGUGUUACUUUGAUUGAACGCGUUGCCAUCCAAAUAGCGUAAAUAUACGACAUUGUGUAGGGGAAAAAAGAGAGAAUCCUUGAUAAUAAUCGAAGCUGAAAAGAUCGUCAAAUGGAUGAAUCCACGAAGACUGCUGAUAAAAGAAGAUCCAAAUCGCCGGAAGUGAAAGCAGACCAGAAACAACCUACGUACUUAAAAGUGGCCAAUUACUUGACCAGCAACGAUACAGAUUUAUCAAGGACCCCGAAACGAAAGUUAUCCGUGUUUUAUCGAUCGUUCGACGUGAUCGAACAGUUCGAUCAGGACAAAGAUAAAGAAACGAUCGAAUUUCGACGAACGUCUAGCAGCCCGUCGGUUCGCAUCGAGCGAACACAUGAGGAUGCAAAUUCGAAGAGCGACAACGUGAUCGACGAACAAACGGGCUUGCACAAAAGAGGCCUCGUGGCUAGCUAUCGUUCGUUGAUCGAGAGUGGGAAAUUCUUGAGCAACUCCUCGCCCGAUCAUCUCAGCGAACGAUCUACGACGUCGAAUCAUUCGCGCGUUUCCAAAACUGCGCCAUUAUCACCGACAUCGUUGAAAUUGCCGCAAGUUACGGAGGACGCGGCGGCGAUCGUCGAUAAUAAUCGCGCGACGAUCGCCGAAACUUCGAUCGGGAUACAUCAAAAGCUGAAUAAUCAUGAAAAUUACGAGUUCAAAGCCGCCGAUGAAAAUGCUCCGAUUGAUUCACGCCACGACGAUUCAUCGUCCAGCCCGGCCAUAGUCGAGUCUUUUACCGGUGAAAAAAUCGAGAACCGCAAAACGAGCCGGUCCACAAAUGAUCUCCACUGUGGAAAUUCACCGCAUACGCGUCCAAUCUGUUGGCGGGCCGCUACGUGCACCGAUCUGGUUAAGAUCAAAGAUUCGGAGUAUCCCCGCUCGUUUGUGAACGCGUCAAGUGGUGGUCGCCACGGCAAAUAUACAUCAGUCGACGUCGAAAUGUCGAGUCACGAGGAUAGCUCGAUCGGUUCGGACAGCGAGGACGAUCCGAUCGUUGCAGCCUGUACGCAGGACGUGCUAGGGAAGAUCGAGAGGAGACGUUCGAAGAGUAACAGCCCGUUGACGUCGUCGCAACCCUCGUUGUCACUUUCAAUAGGGGAACACCCGAGAAAACUGGAUCCAUGCGUAACCGACGAGACGAAGAACGCGGCGGAAGAUCGGGCGGAAUUUUGCUCGAAACAAGAGAAGCGACAAAGAGUCUUCGCUGCGAGGAGAUCCUUGUCCGAGGGUGACUGCGAACGAUACCAUCGUACGAAAAGUCGUUGCAGAUGCGCCAAAGAGGAAGAAUUGUUCGACGAACGGGAACAGUUUCCGGCGUUUCCCAGUUUCAACGACACCAGAUUGCAGAGUGUAGGAUUAACCAACUAUAAAGAUAUAGACAAGGUGUACAGAGAAAGUGUAGCAGAAAACGAGCUCGAGCGCAAGUAUAUUGCGUUUUCGAUAGGACUGGCUACAGAUAGAAUCACUCUGCAUAGAAGAAUGGCUUUGUCACUGCGUCAAAGAGAUCAGUCGGAACGAAAUUUUAUGGAAGAAAUUCAAAAGAUGCAAAGGGACUUACAGGAUCUGUGCCCGCUUUGUAUGGAUCAAGAAUCAAUAGACAAAGUAGAAAAAGUUCGCCAUCAGUUAAAUAUGAUAGCGCGAUCUGCGCACAGGGUUUCGUCCUCUGCUGAAACCCACGGAGCAGUGUAUCAAGAGCAGAGAAUAUCUAGAGCAAUCUUUAUAGGUGACAAAUAUCUGCAAUUAUUGCGAAAUAGAUGCGAAAAUCUUGCUGCAGAAAUUGCGGAAACCAAGCAAAUCUUACUGAAGAAUAAUAUCGUGAUAGAAGAAAGUUCUGGAGAUAUAGGAGAUGAUAUACCUAAAAUACGAUACAGGAACGGAUUGCCCUGCAAUAACCGAACAAUGAUAGCUAGGAGGAGAGCAAGCAUCGCAACUAUUACGCGACCCUUGACUUCGCAAGACGUGAUAAAGGAAGCUCCUAGGCAACGUAAUUCUGUUUCCGGAAGAGUUACUUUAAGGAGGCCAUCAUUGUGCUCUGAAAUACAGAGGAGGGAAAAUGAUAAAUUAAACCGAACGGAUAGCGCAAGCAGUGUCAUUGAAUUGCGUGACAUCUUUGAGCAUACUGAGUCGCGGCGGAACUCCAUUGAAGAAAAUAAUAAUCUCUUAAGAAUUGAUCAAAGUAAUAACGUCAAUAUCGUGAAUUGUGAUAUUGUUGAUAACACAAAUGACCAGGAUCGAUUAAUUAGCAGUCAGAAUUCUUUUUUGGAAUCGAAUGUGACCAAAACUGUUGAAAAACAAUUUAAAUUAUGUAUACGAACGGCAGAACCUUUACGAAUAACCAGACACAUCGAAACAUGGCGGCCAAUAUUAUGGUAUACAUUGAUCUUCUUUCUUGGAUUUUAUGCAAAGCAGAUUACUUCAACGUUUGAUACGUGUGAUGUGCCGCCAUAG